UGGAGAGAGAGAACAGUAAGUGGGGGGAGUGAGAAACCGAAGGAAGUCUGAUGGAAACUAAUCCUGCUGUCACUUUUUCAGGGUUUUUAUUCCUUAUUCCUGGUAAGUCUACAUUUCAAUAUGAUAUGAAUGUUUUAUGCAGUUAGAUGUGUGAGUGCCCGGGGAAAUGACUGGCGUCCCAGACUCCGUGGGUUGUUGACUCUCAGUUUGCAGAUGGAGCUUAAUGGCUAGGUAUUCCUGGAGAUGCAGCAUGAUGUAAAUACAGGAAGUACUGCUUUCGCUAUCUUUUCUCUCAUUACUGACUCCUGACCGCUCCUUUAAAAAAUGUCUACUUCUGAAAACCUGUCCGGAGAGACCAUGAUUGUCCAACACACCCCUCUGGUUCAUGGUCAGUCUGUGGGUUGUAACAUGUACACCCCAGGAUCGAGACCAAGUCGGCCCUGCACUUUGAGACUGACUCACACUAUCUCACUGCCUGAAAAAGAAAAUCUCCCAAAUGAAGCACUGACCGACGACAUUCAUGGUCGCACUAGCACUUCCAGCACCAACAAAAGGGCAGGAAUCUCAGAUCCAGGUUCUGGAAACACGAAAGGAUACAACUCUACAACUCUGCAUAGUCGUAACCUGUUUGUUCUUGAGUUAGAGGUUAAUGAGGCUGAGAAGAAUUGUGGUACAUAUGCAAACAACCUGCAUAAGUACUGGAAAGAGUACCCAUUUUGCCAGUAUGGGAAUUCAAAUGGGAUCAAAGAUAAGACCCUGAGGUAUACCACUGCAUGCAACCAUAAUAUAAAAAAUUUGGAGCAUUUUGUGAGAGUCACAAAUGAUGAACAAAUCCUUCCAGACUCAGGACUGCAAAAACUUCAAAGGAACAAUGAAGACACCCCAAUUUUAAUGGACUGUGGAGAACAAGACUGGGCUAAUGAAAACAACUGUGAUGGAUAUGUUCCUCACAUAAUUAAUGCCUUCUCAGAUUGUGAGUCUUUCAAUCAAAACCAGACCGAUUAUAUCAGUGAUUCCUCUUGCAACAGCUCUGAUGGGGUGCUGGUAAAUUUCAGUGCCAUUUAUAACAAGACUAAUAAUGCGGUCCCUGCUACACCAUAUGACCUGGACAGUCCUGCCAGGCAGUCCCAAGCAUCCGGGUCCUAUCACAGGGAUGAUGACUUCAAGCUGAUUCCUUGUUGGUCUCCUUGUAAAGUUGAUCCAAAUUGUAACAUCUACCAGGCUGACUGUAACGGUUUGUUGUCUCAGAAAACUUCUGAUCUCACUCCAUGUCAAGGCCAGCUGACCACGUACACCAACAAUUAUUACAAGCUGGUGACCUGUGAUCUCUCAUCUCAGUCUGCCGCUAGUCCGGCGUGGUCAUCUUUGACAAGUUGCUCAGAGGCUCACAGCCACGGAAGCACAACGCCGCCCACAGAAUACUUUCUCUUCAGAAAACCAGAGACAGAAGAUGGGGAGGUGGUUGAAGUCGACCAAAGGGACCUCAAGGCUGAUGAGGACACAGAACUGAAUCAAAGCAAAAGUACCAGGAAGAUUUCGAAGGAAAAAAACAGAAGAAAAACUUGCAACAAGACACAUCAUGACAAGCACAAGGAUCAAGAACCCAAUAGUCAUGAACACACCAGUGCUACACAAGUAUCUCAGAGCUGGAAUAAGCAACCAUGUCAUUCUUUACCAAAUGAGGAAAGUCUGCGCCGGGUACUGAGCUGCCCGAGCCAGAUAAGUUUAUCCUCACAUGUUCUGAAGCAGCAUAAAACCUCAUUUGCAGAGCUCGCUCGCUACAAAAAGAGCUUGAGAAGUCCGUCAGUGGUGAAAAACUGCAAGGAAGAUCCUACUUGCUCUCACUUCUCCCAGAAGAUUUCAAAUGGUCAAAGGAACACUCCUUUGGGUCAAAAUGAAACCUUAAUUACAAGCACGACUGGGAAGGAAUCUGAAAGAUCAGGGAGCUCUGAAACUGCUGGAAACAUUCCACCACUGGAAGUUCCUGAACCAUGUCUAGAUGUUGUGCAGUGCACUAAACCACAGAGACCUACCUCUUUACCCAUCCAGCCCUUUGUACUUCAACCACCAGGAAAGCAAACCAGCAACAUCCUGGGUUCCCUGAUAGACCAUUACAUGAGCCACAAACAUGGUGCCUCCAAAAGCUCUGACAUGUCCAGCCAUUUAGCAAGCUCACCUUUGGACAACUAUACUUCUAUUCAUCUGGAGGUAGCCUCAUGUUCAGAUAAUUGCUCAACCUGUACCCCGACUCCGAAUGAGCCUCACAUUUGGCCCCAUUGGGCUCCACCCAGCCCACUGUUCCUCCACGCUCACCCAGACCUUAAAUACAGAAUUCUAAAUACCAUAGAGCCCAGUCUGACCAAUAAGAGCCCUGGUGCAAAUCAUACCUGCUUAGAUCAAACCCAUCCAACCCUUAAUCCGUGUCAGACUGGCCAAGAAAUGUCCAUUCUCAAACCUUUUUCUAAUAAUGUACGGAGCUACCAUCCUGAUCAAGCUGUGUCACAUCGGGCAUCUCAAAAAUUUCCAGCACCAGAACCAAGAAUGCAAGAAGAGCAUGUUUUUUCUCAUUAUACUUCAUCUCCAGCCAUUACCUCAGUGACAUCCCUGACUACUGACACCUUCUUUAAUCUUCCUGGUGUUCUUCAUGCCCAUCCCACUGAGGAGCUCAACACUACUGCCUUUGCAUUUGGACCAAAAAAGCUACCCUGUUUCCUGGAGAAAGAACAGCAUCAGCAUGGUGACUCAUCCUCUCUAGCUGAUAGACCACCUGAAGAGUUCUGCUCAUCACCAGAUUCCUCCACUAAAUCUCUUCCUAUUGAUCUGCUGCAGAGGAAAGACCUGCUGAAAUCUCUGAGCGUAGCAGUGGAUUUAAUCACAGCACACUUUGGUUCCUGCACAGACCCUAAUGAGAAGUUUAGACUGGGGAACAGUUCGCUGUGUCCCCGAAUCAGUCAACUGGUCCUCGAUCAGCUUUGCCCAGCUUUCUGGAACAUUCUCCAGGACGGGUUGAGACCCUUCAAGCUGGAUUUGAUUGUUGGACGACGUAGCAACAAGCCAUGGAGCGUGGUGGAGGCAUCAACGCAGCCAGGCCCAUCCACCCGCAUGCUGCACAGCCUGGUCUCAGUUGUUAAGAAGUGCUCAAAGUUGACCAACCACAGUAUGAGGCUUAAUGCUUUCUUCUUAGGUCUAUUGAACCUAUCUGCUUUGGAGUCCUGGUUCUUGCACUUGCACACCUGUGUAGAUGUGAUUGCAGAGUACUACCACCCCUGGGCUUUCCUGGCCUUGUCCCAGGAUCCGGCGUAUAAAUCUAUCUUUCAGGAUCUCCUCCUCCUGCUCCAGCCACUCUCUGAGUUGCCCUUUGACCUCCAUUUGCUCUCCGAGGCAAGGCUUCAGAGGAGACAGGAGCGGAAUCAACCAUCCAUCCAACAGUCAAGCUUUUUUACCCUGUCUGGCUGCUCAUUUCUAAAGAUGCCUAACAGGCAAAAAAGUGAUGGACAAGCGGAAAGAUCUAAAUUGAUGGAGAAAAGAGAACCAUGUGCUUCAUCAGAGAUCACAUGCUCCACUCGAGAAGCUGAGCAGAAAUCAUCUGUUUGCCCCCAAAAGAAGCGUGCUGGAUGGUGGUUGAGCCAUGCACCUUUUACCGAACAUGUGAUUGAAGCUGUUCCUCAUGGACAACAUGAUGAGACCCUGGUGAAAAAUGAGGACAGAAGGAAGGAAGAGUUCUCAGUGGGGACAGAUGAGGUAAAACCUUCAAAGGAGCUGCGCUGGGCACGAUUAUUUGGUUCUGGAAUCGGCAGCCCAGUGGCAGGAGAGAAGGAACAACGAAGCAUCAAGCAAACCCAGAAAAUCAGGCCGCCUUCACAAUGGCUCCAGCUGGGAGCAUCGAAGAUGGACCAGUUGGCCCAGUCCGUGUGGAGCAAAGAGACGAGCAAAGUCUUAUCCUAACCUUAACCGCAACAACAUCCCAACCGUUUCAACCAGUGAGGAGGCUCAUAAUAUCUACAUGGACAUGAAGAAGUGUGAAGAGAAGCAGUCUCCUAAGCACAAUUAACCUAAAGUGGUAUUUUACUGAUUUCUGAAAAAAAACAAAAACAUUUCAGAAUCUGUCAGGAUUAAAACACAUCCUAUACAGUCAUGUAGCUAUUUCAUCACUCUCUGUCUGUCAACAUAUCCGAAAAAUUCUACGUAAAUAUAUUACAAAGCAGAUGUUUUCAAACCUUUCGGAGUGGAUAGUAAAUGUCACUGUACCACUAGUUCAUAUUUAACAUAUAAAACAUCUACUACUUUAAAAAUUUAAUCAUAUUUAUAGAAUUAUAAAUCUAUAAUAAUGAUUUAGCCAAUGUAGAGUUAAUAAACUGACAAAAGAAAAUAUAUUAAAUAUUACUAACUAGCAGGGGUGGAAAAAUUCUGGAGUAAUUUGUAUGUUUUUACUGAACAGUAUUAAAAUUGAAUUUUUUAUUUUGUAUUAAAUUUUUAUUUUACUGCUUAUAUAUUUUUAAUUUCCCCCUCAGUGUACUUGAUUUGUACAAUCUACAUCUUCAAAUGCCAUGAGAUUUCCUCUCCUAUUUCAUUUUCCACCUAUUUUUUUAAAUAGUUUUUUGACAUUGUAAUGUUCAAUCUUAAUCUUAUUUUGAAAUCUUAAGUAAAUUUUCCCAGAGUACAUCUGAAACAUCUUUCGUAUUUUUAAUCUUCGCCAUCAAACCUCAGAUGUUCAGCAUGUUGAGUUAAAUGUACUUCAGUUUGCUAAGUUUUGCACAUUAUUCUAGUUAGAGAAUCUAGCUAGUUCAUUUCCAUAUAUUAGCUUGCUAGAUUAGUAAGUUAAUGUUUUGUAAAUUAGCUUGUUCAGUUAGUUUCAACUAAUUGUUGAUGAUGUCAUCCCAUACACGGGUUAUUAAACAUUAGCUAAAUGAUGAGCUAAAUUCCAGGUUUGUUUGACUUAGCAGAAUUUAUGCGAAUUAGGUAUUCGUCUAGGAUCGUUUAAAUGCAGGAGUUUGUUUAAAUCUAGAUCAUUUUCAACUUUUAAUCAAUCAGGUAUAUACUUGACUACUUUUAAAGAUUUUGACAAUGUACCUAUUCCUAUACUUUAACUUUAGUACAGUUUCUCUAGCCUCUUUCCACUCCUGCUGAUUAGCCAUACACCUGAUAAAAUAUUCUAAAAUUAGAUUUCUUGCCCAAUUUGAGAUUGUGAAAAUGUCACACUAUUUUAUUCAGGAACACACUUGACAUUCAAUGCAGCUUGCUCAGAGCAUCCUCCUCUAGUGGACAAAAACCCAAACUUCCCUACUCUAAACUCAUGUAUAAUGAAUAUCUAUGACGCGGUCAUUGCUAAACGUUUCUGUAUCUUUGUAAAUUAAUCUCUGAAUCUGUGUAGAUAAUAAUCUGAAUUCACACUUCAGAACCUGCAUUCAGCCACAAUGACCUAUAAAAAAAAAAAAGGCACCCAGUGAUGCUAAGAGGUUGCUAGGUAGUUGCUAUGGUAUUUCAUGUUGUUGCUGUGUAGUUGGAAGAUUGUUGCUAGGGUGUUAAUACUGUAGGUGGUUGCCAGGGUGUUUGUACUAUAGGUGGUUGCUAGGGUGUUGGGACUGUAGAUGGUUACUAGGGUGUUGGUACUGUAGAUGGUUGCUAGGGUGUUGGUAGUGUAGAUGGUUGCUAGGGUGUUGGUACUGUAGAUGGUUGCUAGGGUGUUGGUAGUGUAGAUGGUUACUAGGGUGGUCCCUGCAGGAUCUCAGGUGGCUGAUAUGGUGUUCCUUUCUGGUUGCUAUGGUAUUCUAUGUGGUUACUGGUGAUGCUGAGAUGUUGCUAGGAUUUUCCUAGGAUAUGGUAUUCCAUGUUGUUGCUAUGUAGUUUGAAGGUUAUUGCUAUGGUGUUGGUACUGUGGGCAGUUUGGUAUUCCAUAUGAUGCUAAGAAGCUGUUAGGAUGUUCCUAGGUAGUUGCUGUGGUUCCUAUGGGAUCUCAGGCAGUUGAUAUGGUGUUGCUUUCUGGUUGCUAUGGUAUUCCAAGUGGUUACCAAUGAUGCUAAGAGGUUGUUUCUAGGGUGUUGGUACUGUAGGUGGUUGCUAGGGUGGUCCCUAUGGGAUUUCAGAUGAUUGAUAUGGUGUUGCUUUCUGGUUACUAUGGUAUUCCGAGGGGGAAAAAAUGUCACUGACUGUACUUAAGGUUAAAAAGUAUGCAUUCCUGGUUGAAGGAGGCAUUUAUUUGGUCUGAGAUCCGAAUUUCCAGCUGUACACAGCAUAAACUGUUGCCAUUGUUGCUACGGUGUUGCUAAACGGUUGCUAUGUAAUAGCAGCUGGUUGCUAGGGUUGUACUAGUGUUCCCAGUGUUCCCCAGCAUGAAAAUUACACAAGCUACUGUAUUCUGUAUGUAUCUAUAUUAGAUAGCUCUAUAGAAAUAUUCCUGCAAAGUAUUUACCCAUAUUUAGUUUGCAGAGUGUAAUGUACAGGUGUCCGUAUUGCAGGUUCAGUAUUUGAAGACAAGAAGACUGUACUUUUCUGAAAGAUGUUCUAUGCAGAAGUGUGACCUCUGACCGCUUGACACAGUAGGGGAGAGCGGGGGUUACACUGUUCGUUAAAUUGUCAUACCAAAUGACAGAAUGACGGAACUCUCAGGCAUAUAUUUUCUAUUUUAUUAUAUCUUUAUAUUUCAUUUCGGUACAGUGUUGUAGAAAGUUAAAUAGAGGUCAUGGACAAUUUACCCCACUGUCCUCUACAAUCGUCUGUUAGUGUUUUUACUCUGAAAGAACCAGUUUAGUACUGUUUUGUUUGAGAUGAAGUGGGAGAUAUGAUGACAGGCUCAGUAAUGACCAAACUAAAGAGAGAUUUCAUAACCUCUUCAUAACCACCACAAAUUAGUCCUAAAUAGCUCCAAGUAUUCUAUUCUAAAGUCUUCAGGGCAGAAAAAUGGGAGGGGCUUAAACCAUCUCUCCUGUCAAUCACAGCAACACUAGCCAAUCGUGGGCAUUCGUGUUUUAUUUUUUUCUUUCCAUUUGACUUUCACAUUUGUUUUCCUUCCUGAUCCCUAAAAUGUUUAAAUAGUGAUGAUAUCUUAAAACAAUAUUCAACGAAUUAUUAUUCUUAGGUAUUCAAAUGAACUACAUAUCUAAAUAAUGAUAUAAAUAAUGAAACACAUUGUGAUAUGUACUAUGAUUUCUUUUUUUAAAAAAAUAUUUAAUUAAUAUUUAUUUAAUUGAUUAAAUAUGUCCUAACUUUUUAAUAUUUAAUUUCCUACUGUUUAUAUAUAUAUAUAUAUAUAUAUAUAUAUAUAUAUAGGAGCACUUUAUAAGGAAUACUUGUAAAUCUACUCAGUUAUGCAAUUCUUUAAUCAGCCAUUUAUGUUAUUACAGCAGAUCAGUGCUGUAGGUACGAGCCAGUGGCUUCGGGUAAUGUUCACGUCUACCAUCGGAACGGGUUAAAAACACUCUAAAAUGGUGCUGGUGAAGAUUAGGAUGAAAAAAAAAACACUUGAUCUUUUCCCAGUCUCCAUCUGUCCAGUUUCAGUGAUCCUGUGCCCACUUUGGUCUCAGAUUCCUGUUCUUGGCCAAUGGGAGUGGAACCAAAUGUGAUCUUCUGCUGUCGUAGCUCAUGUUAAACCUCAAGUUUAAUGUUCUUGGGUGGUGCUAGCUCAUGUGGUUAAGGCUCUUAGUUGUUGAUCCAAAGCUCUGGGUUCAAGCCCCAGCACCACCAAGCUGCCACCAUUGGGCCCUUGGUCCAGGGAUGCUGCAUCAUGGAUGACCCUGCACUAUGACCCCAACCCUUCAACUAUGGGAUAUGCGAAGAAAAAAUUUCACUGUGCAGUAAUGUAUAUGUGACAAAUAAAAGGCAACUUUAAUGUUUCUGAGAUGCUUUUCUGUUCACCACGGCUGUAAAGAGUGAUUAUUUGAGAUCCUGUAUCCUUCCUUUUGGCUUGGUCAUUUAAUUUGGUCAUUUCCCCCCUCAUCAAUACACCAUUAAACUGCUGCAAUUGAUUUUUUUUUUUACACCAUUCUAUAUAAACUGCAGUGCGUAAAAAAUCCCAGAAGGUUUUAGAAACACUCAAACCAGCCCGACUGCCAUCAACAAAGAGUAUUUCCUCUGUUCUGAUAUUUGAGGUGAACAUUAACUGACGCUCCAGACAUGAUCAUAUACAUUGUGCUGCUGUUAUAUGUUUGUGAUCGGCUGAUUCAGAUAACUGCAUGAAUGAGUUCCUUAUAAAGUGCUCAGUGAUACUGAUGUGUAUAUAUAAGUAUGUUAAGGGAUUGUCUGAGCUCCUCCUCUCUGACUAACUGAGUGACUGUAGCAUUUCCUUAUGAGAUCUGUGUGACAAUAAAGCACUGUAUUAUACUGUA